UACAUCUCAUACUAGCGUACUAAAUAGUAUGCCAAAAUAGCACGCCAGACUAUUAUACUGACAUACUAUUUAGUAGGGCAGUACGUGAGUACGGAUGUGUUGCUCCCUUCCCUUUGACCUGAGAGGAGAAAUUUGAUUGGACCGUUCACCGCUGUUGUUGUUUUACGAAAGAGCAAAAUGGCGGCGCCCACACAGGCUGCGGGUCUCGUGCAGAAGUAGCAAAGUUUGAAAGAAAUGAACGAACCAUUAGUCGUUUAAAAUAAAUAAAUAAAUAAAUAUUAAUCCAAGUUAGUUAUUCGACGCCUUUGGGAGAUUUAACAGGGUUACUAGACGAUGUGAAGUGUUAGCCAGUUUACAUCACAACGUUAUCAGGGUCGAACCUUUACAACUAGUGGAUUAAGGUGACAGGUAAACACGAAGGAGCAUUUUAUUCCCAACACAGGUUAUGAUAUUAACUCAUCUACGAUGCGCGCGGGUGCUGCAGCUAACCCUUGCAAUCAUAAAACCGGACGCUGUCGCGCAUCCUCUACUACUGGAGGCUCUUCAUCAGAACAUUCUAGAGAACGACUUCUUCAUUGUUAGAAGGAAAGAUCUCAUCUGGAGAAGAAGUGAUUCAGAGAGGUUUUAUGCAGAGCAUAAAGGACGGUUCUUCUACCAGCGACUAGUUGAAUUCAUGUCAAGGUAUGAUGGUCCAAUGAGAGCUUACAUCCUAGCGAGAGAGGAUGCUGUUACUCACUGGCGGGAGUUGAUGGGUCCCACUAAAGUGUAUCGAGCACGGUACACAUCACCCAGGAGCAUUCGAGCACUAUAUGGGCUCACUGACACCAGGAACACAACUCAUGGCUCAGAUUCAUCAGAGUCUGCUGAAAGAGAGAUUGCUUUCUUCUUUCCAGAGUUCAGUGUUCAGCACUGGCUAGAGAUGGAGGAGCCAUGUUUUAGGGCGGGGCACGUUGAAUACGAUGAGCAGAGACAAAUCCAUACUGCACUAAAACACAUCUAACCAUUCUACUGCCUUACCCAGAAUCAGCUCUACUGUAUAUAAAGACCUGAGAGCACUGCUCAUGCUGAAUAUUGUGCCAUUUUCUUGUAUUUAAUUUGCUGACAGGGUGCUGUGUUACCGUCUUUGAUUUAUGAUUUAUAGAAUCUUUAUUAUUUUCAAAUAUUUGUGUGUCUUUUGUCUUUGCAAAUGAUUGUGUUGCAUCACAUGCACUUUGAAUUGCUACUUUUAUUAUUGAAUACACUCAUCAAAGCAGUUAAAAAAUCCAGUUAAUGUUUUAAACACAGCUUUGGAUUUUGCUCAUACAUUUAGAGCAUACAUUUGAUAGUUUCCGUCACAUCAACAAAUAAAAAAGCCUUAAUGUUGGAA